AAAAUUUAAAAUAAAAUAAUUCUUAUAUAUAUUUUGUUGUUAUCUGAAGACAAUAUUUUUAUUAUAAAAGUUAAAAGAAACAAAAAAUUAUAAUUAAAUAUUAUUCAAGAAAAAAUAUUUAUAUAAUGAUAUUUUCUAAACUAUUUCUAAGAUAUGAGUGUUUAAAAAAAUUUUAACACGGGAUGUUUAGAAUACAAAAUUAUGCUUAUGAGAGAGUGGCUCGGGAAUGAGCUUCAAGAUGGGUCGAAUGGGCUCUGAAAAUAGCUUUUUAUUUUGACGCAAGCCCAGUCCGGAUGACAUGGCAUCUUGGUUGGUUCAUAAUAUUUUAUCCAUGUGGCAUGGCUUAGAAAGAAGGGAUUUAGUCCCUUUUAUAUAGUAGGAUAUAAUUUAAAAGUCGUUGGCAUUUUAAUUCUUAGUUUCUUACGUCAAAUAAUUUGUUUUUAUUUGGGCUAACCGCGUGAGUGUGUCACUUAGUCGUCUCUUGGAGUCAACUUGAAAUAUCAGCUAAAGAAAUCCCCAACCAGCAGACCGAGUAAUCUAAUCUAUAAAACCGCUUCAAAUCAUUCAAACAAAAAUAAACAUAAAAAUUCUCAAACUCAAUGGAUCUAGAUCAAGACACAGACAAUGGUGGAAGAAGCUGUUGCAGCUGCUGCCUCAGCUUCAUCUUCACUGCUGGUCUCACUUCUCUCUUCUUAUGGCUUAGCCUCCGUCCCGACAAACCCAAAUGCUCCAUCGAAUACUUUUACGUUCCUGCCCUCAACAAAUCCUUAGAUGCACAUUCACGUCUCAACACCACUCUCAACUUUAUGGUUCGUCUCGCUAAUCCAAACAGAGACCAAGGCAUCUACUACGACGAUGUCCACCUUUCUUUCUCCAACACCAACUCCUCUGUUGCUAACUACACAGUGCCAAGAUUCUACCAAGGGCACAAGAAGAAAGCCAAGAAGUGGGGUCAGACUCUUCCUGUGAACAACCAGACGGUUUCACGAGCCGUUUUGACUAAUGGAUCGGCGGUUUUCCGGAUGGAUCUGAAGACGCAGGUGAGGUUCAAGAUUCUUUUCUGGAAAACAAAGAAGUAUGGUAUUGAAGUUGGUGCUGAUGUUGAAGUCAACGGAGAUGGAGUUAAAGCUCAUAAGAAAGGGCUUAAGAUGAAGAAAUCUGAUUCUUCUACUAGAUUAAGAAGCUAUUUUCCGAUUUGUGUUUUGAUGAAUCUGCUCGUGUUGUUUGUGAUUCGUUAACUGAUUCUUGAUUCUUACUAGUUUUUCGAUAUUGUUGACUCAUUCUUAUGAGUUUUGUCGUGUGUUUGUUUAUAAAUUCGACCAGUUACUCAUUGAAUUAUUUAUUCCUAUUGUUUCAACGAUGUAUUAAUUAGUUUCUCUAUCAACAAAAUUCGUUUUUGAAAUUCAAUUAUUCUUAUACAAGACAAUCAUAUCUUGGGAUUCAAACGAAGGAACAGAGAACACAUGACAAAUACAUACUAAUAUGGGAAAUUGCACUGGUAUACAUCAAACAAAUUAUAAUUAACUAUUUAACCAAAAAAAAAGUUGACCACAAUAUUCAACAUAUUUUCUAUCAUAUAUUCCAAAAUGCUCUUUCAAUCGACCGGUAUAACCUUUUUCUAUUUUGUUUUUUGUUUUAUUUUAUUUUCUUCUUAUUCUUUCUUUUACAGAUAUCUGUGUGUCUUGAUAUCAACGAAAACAUAAAUCAUAAUAUUUUUUUUUGCUAGAUUAUCACCAUCGUUACCAAUAAGAUUUUAUGAUUGAUUAUCAUCAUUAAUGAUUAAUGUUACAUGUGUCUCGUGUUUUUACUCUGUUGUGAUUUCAGAAGAGUGUCGAUGUAUCUAAAAAAAAGAGAUGAAGAAGAUGAUAUUUUCAUCAACAAAUGCCCUUAUUUCUUUUUAUACUAUUUUACAUAUGAUGUUCAACUGAUGUAAAUAGAACAUAUAUUUAUAUACUAUUUUAUAUAAAAUCCAUACUAGGUAUUAUUUAUUGAACAAGUAAAUGUGAUUUCAAAUGUAAUUUAUAGAUUGUAUUUGGGUUUAUAGGAUCCUACCUAGGGUUUAGAUUUACUAAGUAGGGGUUUGGAUAUAGGAGGGUUCGGUGGUUCAUUAUUUACGUAUGUUGUGUUACAUUUAUAUUAUAUUUGCAUUAUCUAUAGGAUUAUGUUCUAUUUGAAGUUACUUAUUAUACUGAAUAUUUGUUUUCCAUUCUGUUUGACAAGUAUGUUGUCUUUUUCUGCAUAUGGUAAAUAAAUUGGUGACGUUACUUUUUGCUAAUGAUUUGAUGGUAAAUAGUUUACAUGCCACUCAUAUCCAUACCAUAGAAUUUAAAUACGUGAUUAGAUAAAUAGUGUCUGUUUUUUUUUGUCAAUAGUGUCUGUUUAAAUCCAUUAAAAACUGUUUAAAGUAUUAUAAGUAUCAAAAUAAACUAUUUAAAUCCAUAAAAAGAAAAAUGUGAGUUUAUGAAUUAUCAGUUUGAAAUAAAAUUCUUUUAAAAGUAUUAUUUUAUAUCCAUAACGAAAAAAAAAAGAAAAGAAAAAAAAAUUUAUGCCAAGUCGAAAAUGUGGCGCCGCCAUAGAAGAACAAGUUGUCUUCCUCUGUCGUCUUACUUGUUUAUGUCAGUACGACAAUAUCUUAACUUUGAGUUGUAUUAUUAUAUAACCAAUCGCAUAUUGUAUUGUAAUCAUGCUUAUAUUUUAGUAAUGUGAUGCUAUACCACUCGUCUGUUAACGGCGUCUUUUGUACUAGUGUUUUUAUAUUUUAAACUUUAUUGUUUCGAUGGUUGUGAAAGUUGUCAUUGAUUACUAUAAAAGUUGCUAAAAAUAAACUCUAAAAAUAUCUUUUUCCCAGACGAAUCUUUCAAUGAGCAUGUGGUAGUAGUAUUAUAUAUGUAGUUUCUCAAAAAAGAAAAAAAAAAGAUAGUUGGUCGUAUUUAAUUGUUUUGGUUUAAUACUACGAUAUAAAAUCGCAUUAUCUGGUUUGGUACCGAUUAUCAUCAGAUAUUCCAAGUUUCAUAUGUACAUUUUCUUUGUCAACCCUAGUUUUAUAUACUUAAAUUCGAAAAACUUAAAUUCGAAAAACUCUAUAGACUUUUAAUAAAGUAAAAUUGAUUGAUUUUUUUUCCUUCACUUUUUACAUUUAUUUUGUUUAAUUAUUUUCCAACACGUAUGCGUAACAUAGUCGUGUCAACGACUUAACUUGACAUAUCAGCUAAAGUAUGUCAACCAGGCGUUUUCGGGUGGUUUUGCCUCAUGGUUCGGCCCUUUGAAGACGCAGUUGGUACAAGUUUAUGUUUUGAAGAAACAAGAAGGUUGUUGUUCAAAAAAAAAAACAAACAAGAAGGUUCAGAUAAGAGGCUACUGUGAAUCUUGAAGUCAAUAAGGAAUGAGCCACCCAGUGCCGGUCCUAGGAUUAUAUAGGCCGGAAGCAAAUUAAUUUUUUGGGCCUAUAAAUUGGCUCAUUUAAAAGAAAUAAGGAGAUAAAAAUAAUUAAGUGUUGAGGAAGAAUUGAAGACAUAACCUUUCCCGUGUGUGGCAGCAACUUUGACCAACUAACCUAGUGGACAAUCCUAGAAAAUGUGGCUGAAUAUUUAUUAAUUAUUGGGCGGCCGGAAGCGUAUGCUUCCUUGGCUUACCUUCAAGGCCGGCUCUGGAGCCACCAAAGUCAAACAAUGAAGAAAUGGUAUUCUUCAACGCAGUUAACCUCUUUGAAUUUUUGUGUGUUUUAAUUAGUUUCCUCGUAUUUAUUGCUAUUUGCUAACUCUGAUAGAUGUUGUCAAUUUCGUUGUUUUUAGGAAGAAUUUGUGAGAUAGCUAUGUUUGAAGAAGAAAUUAGAUGUAUUUCAUUGAUUUUGACAUAAUUAGACAACUAACAAUUAUGCAUCAAGUGAAUCGGUUUUAACCAUUUCUUGUACAAGUAGCAGGUGAAGGAUAGAAUGUUAGAUGACGUAGACAAAUUGAGGUAUGACUAAUAUUUAAUUCACAUCUGAAAGAAUAUAAAGAACCAUGUCAUACGUUUAUGACCAUAUAUAUAUGCACUGAGUGUUCUAUUCUAUAUCGCCUAAAUAAUACAAAUUUCUAACUUCACUCACAUACUCUAAUACUAAACAUUACCUCAACUCCAAUCCCUAUAUACUAAACAUUAUCCCAACCUCACCCCAAUCCCUUAAAAUUAAACCCUAAACCCUAAUCAAUAAACUUUAAACUCAAAUACAAAUUCUAAAGCCAAAUAUAAAUUUCAAAACCAAAAUAGAAUGGAACAAAAUAAAUAGUAUGGUAUAUAUUGGUGAAAUAUUAAAAUGUCUAUGAUUUCAUGGAAGAAGUUGAUGAUGACCCCAACCAUACCCCUUCAUCUUCUAAAUACUAAACCUUAAACCCUAUUCACUAAACCGUAAACCCAAAUAUAAACAAUAAACCCAAAUAAAAUAGAACAAAAUAAAUAGCAUGAUAUAUAUUGGUGAAACUAUGAAAUGUCUAUAAUUUCAUGGAAGAAGUUGAUGAUGACCCCAACCAUACUCCCUCACCUUUUAAAUACUAAACUUUAAACUAUAUUCACUAAACUCUAAACCCAAAUAUAAACCAUAAGCCCAAAUAGAAUAAAACAAAAUAAAUAGCAUGAUAUAUUGGUAAGAUUAUGAAAUAUCUAUGAUUUCAUGGAAGAAGUUAAUGAUGAUCCAAACCAUACCUCCUGACCUUCUAAAUACUAAACCCUAAAUCAUAUUCACUAAAUCCUAAACUCAAAUAGAAUGGAACAAAAUAAAUAGCAUGUAUAUAAUGGUGAAAUAAUAAAAUGUCUAUGAUUUCAUGGAAUAAGUUAAUGCUGAUCUCAACCAUAUCUCAUCACCUUCUAAAUAAUAAACCCUAAACUAUAUUCACUAAACCUUAAACCCACAUAUCAAAGUCUAAAAAAUUACAUAUAUUAUGUAAAAUUAAAUAAAAUUAUGUAAUAUUAAACUAUACAAUUAUGUAAAACUAAAUUAUAUUAUGUAAUAUUAAACUAUACAAUUUAGAUCAUAGUAUAUUUACUUGUUCAAAAAUUAUAUUUUUAAACAAAAUAAAACACUCUUUAGUAAUCAUCAAAUAUAAUGGAACAUGAUAAAAUAGAACAAUAGCAAAAUAUAUCA